CAUGCUCAAAUUUUUGUUGUGAAUAGUUUUACUUUAGUUAUAAUGUGAAGGAAAACUAAUGGCAGAGUUUCAUAUACUCGGGCAGAUUUUAAGUGUGCAUAACUUUAGAGAUACUCACUCCUUGUUUUGUAGGUAUUCGAUUCAAGCGGGUCCAAACUGGACCCUGAUAUCAGGUUCAUCGGAGGGACAAACACUGGCGGGCCAGCCUAAUCAAGAGAACAUAGUCUAUUGGUCUCAUCCAAUCGAUAUUCAUUACGUUGCCAAAGGGAUCCAAGGUUGGCCCAAACUGAUAUUCCAAGUGAGCUGCCUGGACUCUCUCAGUCGGACGUGGGUGGUUGGGUACGGGUCGUGCGUAGUGCCGGCGGCUCCUGGCCAUCACAGUAUCAGGGUGGCUUGCUGGGCGCCCGCACCCACCACGCUGACUGAUAAACUCCGACAGACGUUCCUGGGCGGAUCGCACAACGUUGCCAAUAUAGAUGUUAUAAGCUUUGGAAGCGAUAGGUUUAAGCUCACCACUCAGUCCAAAGGUGAUAUAGAAUUGAGCUUGGAUAUAAUACUCAGGAAUUUCAGUCAGUUCGGUGUAGAGUACAAAUGAGCAAGAUGAACCCCAUGACUUACCUCUGCUUCAC